AUGGCAUCAUCCGUCGCCCAAAAGCGAUUAUUCCACGAAUAUAAGCUCCUCUCAACCUCUCCUCCCGAUGGAAUCACAGCCGGUCCUAUAACUGAAGAUGACAUGUUCCUUUGGGAGGCUUUAAUACAAGGUCCAGAAGGGACACCGUUUGAAGGAGGGGUGUUCGCGGCUGAGUUGAAGUUCCCGAAGGACUACCCUCUCAGUCCGCCGUCCAUGCGAUUUUUAGGGAAUAUGUGGCACCCAAAUAUAUUUGAAAACGGAAACGUUUGUAUUUCUAUCUUACACCCACCGGGCGACGACCCAAACCACUACGAGCACGCAUCUGAGCGGUGGAGUCCGAUCCAGAGUGUCGAGAAGAUUCUUAUAAGUGUUAUGAGCAUGUUGGCUGAACCCAAUGACGAAAGCCCGGCGAACGUAGAGGCUGCCAAAAUGUGGCGAGAAAGAAGAUCCGAUUAUGAAGCAAGGGUGAGGGAAGAGGUUAGGAAGGAACUAGGACUGUGA